AUGGUUUUCCAUGCAUAUGUAAAACAGAGCGACAAUGGCAUGGGCUAUUGGUUUGUGAUUACCUUCGCUAGCUGUGCAGUUGCUGAUGAGUGGUGGCGCGCUGUGUCCACUUCCACCAUUGUUAAGUUCGUGAACAGUAUUUGGCAUGUCAAUGCCCAGUUCUACACCUAUGAAUUGGGACAGGUUGACCCCUGCAGCUCCCUCAUCAUGCCUGGGGUUGCAACCCAAUUCUUUGACAAGGUAUUUUUCAUGACAAUGAGUGACCUUAUGGGUUGCAGGUUGAACAUCAUCAUGCCACCUGACCAUUUUGUGGACCACAUUAGUGGGAACUCUUUCUUCAUUCACUCCAAAGUCUCUCCUCAUGAGUACUGGUACUAUCCCAAAUUGUCUAAUGUGGCACACGCGGUCUAUGUUUCACACACCAAAUGCACUCGCUUCUGUGUUAGUCUCAGCAACGGGGGCACUGCAGGGACCAUCAUGAUUGGCUCUGACAAGAUCAUUAUCAUGUUGACCACCAUCAAUCUGUCCAUUAAUGUUUUCACCACCAGUGGUCAAGCAAUAGUUUCAAGUGCUCCUAAGUUGGGGUUGAAGUUUAGUGACCUGUUGAGCAAAUUCAGUGUAGGGCCUACCUUGUGUAAGGACAAUCAGGGCUUGGACAUGGAGGAGCUCAUCUAUAUGGAUGAUGGGGAAGAGUGGGAACUCACUUGA